GGGGACCCAGAUUUCCUCCUGCACCCCCCUCUUCCUACACGGCUUCAGAGCAAAAUCAAAAUUAAUUCCAUCUAGACAAGAAAGGGUUGGUGUGACACACUGGAGCGACAGACAAGGCUUCGUAGUUCAGGCUCUGCCAAAGGCAGGUCUGGGCUUGGCUCUUGGUUCCACUGCAGGCCCUCUGUGUUCUCUGAGCCAGUGUCUAGAUGGAGGGGGGAGGGAGUUAAUAAAAAGAGCCGUCUUUCAGGCCUGGAUGAUUCUGUCCAUACAGAAGCCGGAAUAGAAAUCUGGAUGCAUAGAAAGCUUUGGACAAACUGGAACUGUGAUUAUUAUUAUCAUUAUUAUAGCAGCAGUAGCAGCAUAACUAAGUGUCAGCAAUGAAACAGAAGGGGGAAGGAGCGGGGGACAGUCAGCAAUGGUGUUUAUACACAGAGAAGUGUUGAAUGUUACAAGUUGGGGUGCGGAUGUUGGGGUGGGGAGAGACUGAGAGACAUUGAGAAAGGCAGAUGGAAACUGGCCCCUCCUAACUAGGUGAUGAAGCUAGGUGAUACAAGACAGUUCCAAGUGGGAGGACCCAGGGCCCCUGGGAACACAGAAGCAGUCACACUUGUCAGACAGGGAUGAGCUGUGGGGAGGAUGCCCGGGUUCCCCACUGGAGCUGUGACCGAGGGUGAGGGCCAGGGGGUGUUCUAGUGCUGUCCCCUCCUCCCUUGCCAGGGCUGCCCUGGCCCCUGGGGAAGGCAGCGGGUGUCAAGCAAGCAGCAUGGUGGCUGUGGGCUCUCUUACAGACACACAUGGCCCUCCAUCCAGGUAAACAGGAUGGGUGUCUGGGUCAGCUUCUCCCUCCCUUGGUCUUUCCCGCCUACUCUUCCCCUGGGGGUGGCUGACCCGCCCAGCUCCCCUGUUCCGCGCCCAGGGCCCCUGAGCUCUCAGUGACAACUGCCCAAAUCCUUCCUUGCUGGACCACUCACAGAGGGGUCCAACUCCUUCGACACCAGGGUCCCCAGAACCUCAGAACUCAACUGCAGCCCCAGAGUUCCUAAUGUCUCCUGGGAUGUGGAGAUUGCAAGGACAGUCACCUGCAGGCAGAGGCAUGCCAGAGGAGAGGUGGGAGCAGGAAAUGCCCACUGGACUCAAGGAGGGGCCAAGAAAGGUCACCUGUCUCCUGUCCUCAUGUCCCUGAGCUUGAUGGCUUACUUGGGAUGGGUCCCCUAGCAUUGUGGCUUCCCUCUCCUUAUACCCUUGGGGGUCUCACCUUUUGGGAGUCCUGUUUCCUAAGUACCCCCACCCUGCCACCUCCAGAGGGCAUCGACACCUAUCUCCUCAGAUGCUCCUGUCCCCACCCUGUGCCCCAAAUUCCUGGGGUUAGGCAACUGGAACACCUUUGCAUCCUUCUCAUUCUAUUUUUCCCCUCCCUCCUCGAUGUCCGGCUCUCUCUGUUUCAACACAGGCUCUCACUCACAAUUAAGCUUCAUUACCCUAUCGGUGGAUAGGCCCUGAGUCACUGGAGGAGGGAUCUUGGGCUGCCCAGCCCUGAUACCUUCUCCCAACCUACAGUAUAAGGGGUAGUGGCGAGAAGGAACACUCUGGAAAACAAGGGAGUCUGGGAACAGAGAGAGAGGGGGCUGUGGGUCCUCAGGAAGGUAGAGUAAGCCAGCAGAGAAAGAAAGGCAGGAGGGUCCCAUAGUCCAGAGGAAGAGAGAAGGGAACAGGAAACAGAUCGGGCCUCAAAGAUCCUCAGGGGAGCCAUGAAGCUACGGGGGUCCCUGGCCUGCCUCCUGCUGACCCUAUGUCUGGGUAGCGGGGCAGCUAGCCCACUGCAGAACGGAGGAGAGGGCGUAGGAGCAAGUGCCUCACAAGGAAUGGGAGACGCCAUUAGCCACGGAGUUGGAGAGGCUGUGGGCGAAGGGGCUAAAGAAGCAGCCAGCUCUGGAAUCCAGGACGCCCUUGGUCAGGGGCAUGGAGGGGAAGGUGGCUAUGCACUGAGGGGGGCCCGAGGGGAUGCUUUCGACCACAGGCUCGGGGAAGCAGCGCGAUCUCUGGGCAACGCUGGCAAUGAGGUUGGCAGACAGGCCGAGGAUGUCAUUCGACGUGGAAUAGAUGCUGCUCACAACUCCGGGUCUUGGGGGACAUCUGGAGGCCAUGGAAUGUUUGGCUCUCAAGGUGGUUUUGGAGGCCAUGGCAAUCCCGGUGGUCAAGGGACUCCCUGGGCCUCAGAAGGCAACUUUGGCACCAACUCUCUGGGAGGCUCUGUGGGUCAGGGUGGCGAUGGCAGUUCAUUCAGCUACGAGGCCAACGCGCAGGGGGCUGUAGCUCAGCCUGGCUACGGGGCAGUGAGAGGCAACAACCAAAACUCAGGGUGUACCAACCCCCCAUCGUCUGGCUCCCGAGAAAGCAACUCUGGGGGAAGCAGCGGCGGCGGCGGUGGCAAUGGUGGCCACGACGGCAGCAGUGGCAAUAGUCACAGCAGCAGUGGCAAUAGUCAUGGCAGCAGUGGCAAUAGUCAAGGCAGUAGUGGCCACGGCAGCAGCGGUCAUGGCAAUGGUAACCAAGGCAACGGCGGCCAAGGCAACAGCGGCAGCAGUAGUUCUGGGUCCCGGGAACUGGAGACGUCUAAUUUUGAUGAAGGCUAUUCAGUCUCCAGGGGAACUGGCUCGUCCUCGGGCAGCCGAGGUGGCAGUGGCAGUGGGAACAAACCCGAGUGUGACAACCCUGGGGAUGAUGUGCGCAUGGCUGGAGGCUCUAGGAAUCAGGAAAGUAGAGAAAGCAGCCGGCUCCUUGGGGGUUCCCAUGACUACCAGGAGCAUGGGUCCAGUGGGGAUGGUGGACGCAAUGAAGCUGUCAGUGGACUCAAAGCUAUGAACUCUGACCCAUCUUCCUUGCCCUUCAACUUUGACAGUUUCUGGGAGAAUUUUAAAUCCAAGUUGGGUUUCAUUAACUGGGAUGCCAUAAACAAGGGCCGCCUCCCGCCUCCCAGCACUCGGGCCUUACUCUAUUUCCGCAGACUCUGGGAGAAUUUCAAACGCAAUACUCCUUUCUUCAACUGGAAACAGAUUGAGGGCUCAGAUCUUUCGUCACUGCAGAAGAGGGCAGGUGGUACUGAUCAGUUUGCUCAGCCCGAAGCAGCAAGACAAGAGGCGUCAGCUGUCACAGCCAAGAACUACUAUAAUAGCCAGCAGGGGAGUCCUGGUUACAACUGGCAAUACUAUGCCAAGACCACUGCCAAGGGAGGAGUCACACCUUCGUCGUCCUCGGCUUCCCGGGCACAACCUGGCCUGCUGAAGUGGCUGAAGUUUUGGUAGAAAAUUCCUUCUAGUUACCGAUGACGCUUCACGAACACAGGUCUUCAGGGAGCUUGACUGUACUUACCCACAAUCCUCUCUGCUGUGACAGACCUGCCUGGGCAUCGACAUCCCCCAGCAGCCCACCUGGGGACCUGGUCCACUUGUCCUCACCCUUCCCAUUCAGCUGUGGUGUCUGGGAGACAAGUCAGCCUCACUGGAUAGCCAGCCAGCUUCUUCACCGUCUCCCGUUUGUGACGGGAAGUUCCCCUGACAACGCAGUAGGAACUUCCUGCUUUAUCUCUGUGGAAAUAAAACACAACCUCUUUUGUUUUCCUGA